CAUCAAUUGAGCUCGGCCUGCAUUUCCCCGCGUCUUUAUCUCGGGAUAAUUCAGAUGCGAUUCUUGAGUCAUAUAUUAUAUACUCUGCACGGUCCGGGGGGCUAAUGAAUUGGGAGCCCUGAACAGAUAGAAUCAGAACCUCUCGUCCUCUCAAGCAAGAUCAAUACACCAUGGCCUCGACAAAACCCAAGGUUCUCCUCCUCGGACGCAUCGUGCACGCACACAAAACCUGGCAAUCCCUCGGCGAAAUCGCGGAGUUGAUCCAACCCACCGCCACCAGCCGUGCCGAGUUCUUGCAGGAAUGUCGCGACGGUAAACUCGACGGCGUGGUCGCCGCAUACCGGACCUUCGACUCGGUCAGCAUCACCGGCCUGGUCGACGAAGAGGUCGUGAACGCACUUCCCAGUUCCCUCAAGUACCUGGCUCACUGUGGUGCCGGAUACGACCAAGUCGAUGUACAUGCCUGCAGCGCGCGGAGCCCACCCCUGCGCGUCUCCAACGUCCCCACGGCCGUCGACGACGCUACCGCCGACGUCAACAUGUUCCUGAUCAUCGGGGCCCUGCGGAACUUCAACACGGGCAUGCAGGCCCUGCGCGAGGGGAAAUGGCGUGGCCAGCCGCUCCCCAUCCUCGGCCAUGACCCGGAGGGCAAGGUGCUCGGGAUCCUGGGGAUGGGAGGCAUCGGUCGGAACCUGAAGCGCAAGGCCGAGGCGUUCGGCAUGCGCGUCGUCUACCACAACCGCCGGCCGUUGACGGAGGAAUUGGCCGCCGGGGCGGCGUACGUGUCGUUUGAGGAGCUGCUGGCGACGAGUGAUGUCAUCAGCUUGAACCUGCCGUUGAAUAAAAACACCCGUCAUAUCAUUAGCAAGCCGCAAUUCGACCAGAUGAAGGACGGCGUGGUGAUCGUGAACACGGCUCGCGGCGCUGUCAUCGACGAAGAUGCACUUGUGAAUGCCCUGGAUAGCGGUAAGGUCUACUCGGCCGGUCUGGAUGUCUUCGAAGAAGAGCCCAAGGUUCACCCUGGCCUUGUGCGCAAUCCCAACGUGCUGCUGGUGCCGCACAUGGGCACCUGGACAGUUGAGACGCAAACUGCCAUGGAAGAAUGGGCGAUUGGUAACCUCCGUCUUGCCCUCGAGGCUGGGAAAUUGAAGAGUCCGGUUCCCGAGCAGGCAAACCUAUAAGUCCCUGCCGGUGAACGUAUGCCAAUGACGUUGUCCAUAUUUGACUUUUAUUAGACGUGUAUAUGAAUUUAAUAGAGGGAACUGGGCAAUGCGAUUUGCCUAAAGACGACACAU